UCGGCAUUCGAGCAACAGGAGGCAACGAGGAUCGAACCAGCAGCGCAAGAAGCAAAGCAACAAAGGCAAACACGCUGGGGGGAUGAAGGGGUUGGUGGUGGUGAAGCGGCGUCAUGAGGAGGACGCAGCAGAGGCCCUCCGCGUGUUUGCCAGCAAACGAGGCAAACGCGGCGAUGAUGACGACGACAAUGCAAAAGCAGAGGUUGGCGUUGACCAUGCCGGAAAUGUAAAAGGCGAACGCCAAGGACCCGCAGACAGGGAGCCUGUCGUCUUGAGACGAAUUCACACAGCGUCACGACGAGUGCUCGACAAGGACCAGCACAACACUCUCCUUUCUUCACUGCUCAAACAAGACCCAGGUGCCGUCAAGCAGCGCGGCGUCAAAGCAACAGGCAAACAGUCACACAAGGACAGGAUGAAGCGAAGUGCGCAGCAGGAGCGCCAGGCGCGGCGGUUUGCCUAUGUCACCCGCAAACGCAGCGACUCAGAAGUGAUGAUUGAAUUGGAAACAGAGGGCGCGCGGCAGCUGCGGGACUCGGCACGCGCGCUGUCUUCGUUGCAGACGAUGAGCAUCACGUGCAACGGCGUGCCGAUGGAGGUGCGAUCGACCGCAGGAAGCAAGGCGACGAAGACACACGCGCACACUGGUGGUGAUGAUGGUGACGAUGGUGAUAGUGCAGACGGCGGUUUGCGCGGGAAACGAAGCAAAGGUGGCAAUGAUGAUGACGGUGAUGAUGAGGAUGAUGAUGAAGGGCAAUAUGUGUAUGACUUUUACUACAAUGAGGAGUUUGCCAAACUGGCCGACACCGGAACCGCACUGGACAGGCUUGAGUUUGAGGAGGAUGUGCUGAUGGACUACGACGCAGAGUCUGACGACGACAAUCUUGGCCUCUACGACGAUGACGACGACAGCAACGACGAGGGUAACUGGCGAAACGACUACCCAGAUGAGGAGGACAUGUUUGAUGAAGUGGAUGACGAGCACAUGCAGGACUGGGAUGGAGGCAAUGGCUUUGGUGGAUAUGGCGACGAUGACACCUUUGAUUCAGACGAUGAUGACAGCGGCGAUAGGAGAAGGUACAGGUAUGGCGGCGGUGACGGCGGUGGUUUCGAGUCGCUGCUGAGGAUCAGUUCAAGGACAAUGAGGCAAGGCGAGAGCAGUGAUGACGACGACGACGACGACGACGACGAUGACGAUGAUGGUACUGGUUUGUACCGUGGGUAUCAUGCAGAUGCAGGCAAUGCAAGCGACGCCAUGGGCUGGAUUGGUGGCGACUACUAGGCUGUUGGCGUGUGUGCAUAUGUGUUGUGUGACCGUAACUGACUUCCUACUUCAUAGCUUUCUCCCACCGCCGCACACACAACUCGGCUGUCUUGUUUCUCUUCUCUUCUCUCCUCUUGCUCGCUUCGACCACAUCCGAUGAUUGUUGAUAUUUUGCAAUACAUUUCCCUAUCCAAC